AGAUCCGGUCUUCAACCCCGACCUCAGCUCCGUCGCUGGAAGUCAAUGCCCACGUCGCAGCCAGCACCCUCCGACCGUCCCCUUUUCGCGUGUCAGCGCUGCGCAGCCGUAAACGUACAGGGUGCUAUCUGCACCUGGUGCGGUCAUGCCUGCGACCCCAUCCGCAACACGCCUGCCGCGCGUCGUAGGGUUAGUGCGCCGCAAUUACUUAACGACGCACAGAAAGAGCAGCUGCGCCUCAUCGAGAAGAACGCGGCUAUCAUCCGAGGACUCAUAACCAGUCAGACUGUGCCUAUGACGGAAAUGUCCCCGGUGAAACGGCACAAGAAUCGAGAUGCGGCGAUUUAUACCCUCAGUGCUACUACGGGGAUGGUGCGCACGGUGAGCGGCGCCUGCUUCUCUUGCGCAUGUACCAAGUUUACUCUGUUAUUCACAGAACGGCAGCGCGGAAGUUUUUUUGCGGUCCAGCAUUAUAUCCGCGGUCGAGGCUGCCACAUCUCCAAAUCUACCGGCCUCUCCGGCGAAAGAAGAUAUGACUGAGAAUAGGACGUCCCUGACCCCGAUGCGAACUUUGCGCAGGCGCAAACGAAUGUCCAUCGCCCGGCGUCGUUCGUCACGUUCUCUGCGAAGCCGGCCAUCCAAGGGCGCGCUCCCUACGCCCCCUCCCUCCGACACUAUCGAUGCACGACCUACUACACCGGAAAGUACACGUACCAGUCUUACCAGGGUAUCACGUCUUCCUCCCAGCCCUCCGCGCUCUGUCGUCUCGGCUCGUCUCGGCUCCCCUUCUCGGCCUCUUUACACUGCCAUUAGAAAGCGGUUGGACUCGGAUAGCUCUUUCUUCUCCGUUGGCUCUGUUCGCUCUGUCUCCCCCCACGCUCAGCCGGCAGCCGAACGACCGACGAGUAUCACGUCCGAGCCUGCCCUCUCCGAAUCUGACGAGGACGGAAUGGACAUUACAGACUUGCUCCCCAAGGCACCUAGCCGCGGUCAUUUCCGCGCCUCGAGCGGCUGUUCGCUCAGCGGGGAGACCGAGCUGCGGAUGGCGCUCUCGAGACAGCGAAGCCAAACAGUCGGGGGUCCGAGGCCGGAAUACGUCUACCGCGAUCGCGGACAACAGAAGGACUUUGCGAGCCUCAUGCAGACUGUGAAGAAGAUUAGUCAAGGCAUGAAGAGUCUUGUCAAGUCUCGGGAUGGAUAAGGGCCUCGCUCUGGUUUAUUCUCUGCUCUCUCUUUCUCUGCCUGUGACUUUGCUUGACUCUCGCACGCGACCCUGUGCUCCUCUAUCAUCGAUUUUUGCCUCCUGCUGCUAUCGUUGUUGGUCUAUGCUUUCUUUUGCAGCUUUCUCUCCUAUACCAUGCCCAAGUGUCAACAUGUAGCGUCGUACUCGUGUCAUACUAUUUGAUCGAC